AUGUUAUCAACUAUUUUAACCAGCCAGAUCCACCGCGUCCUAUGUAUCCAGUUCUCGAAGAUCGUCCCUGGAUCGGCAACACUGCUACUGGCAGUAGUAGUGACUUACGCCGUAGCCGCAUCAUCUAGUACCGACAACCUUACAUUAGAAAAGAAAGAUCCAACUACUCAUGAACUUCUCAGCUCUUUGGGUUUAAAGAAACUGAGGAUACCAGCAGCACAUCACAGAAAACGCCUCGCGGAGCAAGGCAGGCGGCAUGCUACUGGUGAUUCAAGAAUGUACGUCAUCAAGUUACCGCCAAACACAAACUAUUACAGUCAUGUCGAACUGGCACCUGCCUCGGCACGCACUUUACCACUACAAAUGACCAGCAAUGGUAAGCCAGCUAGAGUAUACCAUUGGAAUCUUCCCGUUCUACACAAGCUGGCCAAAAACCGCCCACAAGCGAGAUUGGAUGAUGAUGCAGUCAAUGUUGAAAGUACGCCAACAUGGCCGAAGAGUCACCCCAAUGCUAUAGAUGCCUUAGCUUACUAUGUGCCUUCUAAGAAAUCGUCUUUUAGGAAAUACUUUUCUGGUAACGGAAAACCUAAGUCGUUUUACGUAAUCGAUAAAGAUAAGAACUCCGCGGAGUACCAUAGGUUACUGCCU